AUGUGCUAUAAGAGAAUAUUACAUAAAUUCUCACGAUACAGUAACCCAGUUUUUUUUAAAUCUAACCUAUUAAACUUCGUAAAAUUUACAAAUAAAAAAAUGUCUACGGAUAUAAAAUCUCUGGAAAAAUCUAAAUCUAUAUUAAAAAAGAUGUAUUUUGCUGGUGUUCAUGCAGUUUCACCAAAAACUCUGGUAGUGAAUAAAGUUAAGUUUAAAAAUAAAGUGUUAUAUGUUGGAGAUGAAAGUUUUGAACUUAAAGAAAAUGUUUAUUUAAUUGGUUUUGGCAAAGCUGUUAUGGGUAUGGCACUUGUUCUUGAGCAUAUGCUUGGGGAUUAUUUAAAGAAGGGUAUAGUUAGCAUUCCUUCUGCAUCAGCAGAAGCAAUGUGGGAGUCUGAAGACAAAUCAUAUUUUCCUAAAUUAGGAACUAGUGCAGUAACAUAUUAUGAAGGUGGUGAGAAUAAUCAACCAGAUGAUAGAAGUCUAGAAACAACACAUAAAAUCAUAGAUUUAGUAGAAGAUCUGACAGAAAAUGAUUCUUUAAUUGUAUUGAUAUCAGGUGGUGGUUCUGCAUUACUUUAUAUGCCAAGACCAGUAAUUGAUCGUGAUGAUAAACUGCAUCUCUGUAAAAUGCUUCAAAAUGCAGGAGCUGAUAUUAAAGAACUUAAUACAGUCAGAAGCAAAUUAUCUAUGGUAAAAGGUGGUGGUUUGGCUCGAAUGGCUUACCCAGCUUCUGUUGUCAGUUUGAUAUUGUCUGAUAUUGUAGGUGAUCCCCUAAAUUUAAUUGCAAGUGGUCCAUUAGUGUACAGUAAUAAAAGACCAAAAGAUGUAAUAGACAUAUUAAAAAAAUAUGAAUUGUAUAAUCAUGUAGAAGGUGAUGUGAAAAAAGUUUUGAUAGCCAAGGAAACUUUUAAGGAUAAACCAAUGCUGACUCGAAGAAAAGAAUUUAAACAUGUAUCUAAUGUUAUUUUGGGAAAUAAUGUUGUAGCAAUUGAAGCAGCUUCUUCAGAAGCAUAUCGCAACAAGCUUACUCCAAUAAUAUUAAGACCAGAUGUUGUAGGUGAUGUACAUGAUGUCAGUUUAGCAUAUGUUCAUAUAACAAGUUUAGUAUGCCUAGCAUUAGAUAAAACAUUAGAAAAGGAGGAAUUUUUUGAAAAAGUAAAGGAUAUCCCUAUACUUUCAUUAUCUGCUCCUAAGGUGGAUGAAAUUUUUAAUUUGAUUGAUAAUGUUAGUGAAGAGGGAUUGGUAUUGAUUGGAGGAGGAGAGCCAACAGUUGUAGUUAAAGGAAAAGGAAAAGGUGGUAGAAAUCAAGAAUUAGCACUACAUUUUUCCUUAGAUUGGUUGGCAAAAAUCAAAAGUUAUCCUCGGUUUUCGGAAUAUGACGUAAUAAUGUUAAGUGCAGGAACAGAUGGUCAAGAUGGUCCAACUGAUGCAACAGGAGCAUUUGGUUAUCCUGCUAUUGGUCCAAUGAUUCAUGAUUUACAUGCAUUAGUGAAAUCUAUAGCAUCAAAAGUGAUAGUUCGAGAAGAGGAGAAAAAGGAGGCCAUUAGAAAAAAGAAAGAAGAACAGGAACAGUAUGACAUAAAGCAACAGCAACAUGAAGAAAUAUGCAAAAUGCAAGAACUAAGUGGUUAUUUAACAACUAAAAAAGUAGAUAAGCAAGAUAAAGUUCAAAAUGAAAUAGAGGAAGAACUUGCUUUGGGUAAAGAUGAAGCAGCAGAAGGUGAUAUGGAAAAUAUACUUCCAUUUAUAUAUCGAACAAUGGAAGUGGAACGUAUGUUACCCGAAAAUUCUUUAAAAGAAAAUGAUACAUACAAUUUGUACUCUCGAUUUAAAAAAGGUGCGGAUUUAUUCAAAACUGGCUUUACUGGAACUAAUGUUAUGGAUUUACACUUUAUUUAUAUAAAAAAACGUAACUGUGACUGCAAAAUAGAUUUUGAAAAAGAAGUAUUUGAAAAUCCUUUAGACAUGCACGAUUUAUAUAUUGAUCCUUCAACUAUUGAAAAGUAUAGAAAUUUGUAUAAACGAGAUCUUUUCAAAUGGGAUAAAUUUUUGUAUAGACCAUCACUUUUGGUCAAAGAAAAAGAUGAUCGACUUAAUAUAAAAAUUAUUGAUGAUAAUUUGGCUGAUCCUUGUUGUCGCAGAGAUAGAAAAUUUCCACCGAAAAAUCUUUUGAAGGAUAAAGAACUUCCAAUAUGA